AUGUCUAACGUCAGGAUGAAUCUAUCUGUCUUUCUUUUGCAGGCGUUUGCAACCUCAUUCGCUAUUGUAUUGAAUUGCAUUCUGGCAUAUUUUCUCUUCAACUUCCGACCGACGAUGUUCUUCGUGGUCGGCGCGUGUUUCGUCAUCGGAGCUGUAUUUGUGUACAGUAUCUACCCAUAUCGGGUUCGUCGUGAGCCUCAACCAACUUCCGAGGAGAUGGCAUCAUUGAAGGAGAGCAACGAAAAGGAGGCAGUUUAG